AUGGGAGCUCCUCCUCAGACUCCGCUCUGCGAAAAGAGGCAGGCUGGUGACCCCGCGCGUUUCGGAGGAGAACCGGCGGACGCCUGCGCCCUGAUCUUUCGCUUCCUCCCUCUCUCCCUCCCUCCGCCUGCCGUCGGUCAUCUCUCGCUCCGGGCAGAGGCUGCCGGACUCCCGUCCGUCCGUCUGUCCGUCCGUCCGUCCGGUCCGAUCCGAUCCGGUCUGAUCCGGUCCGUCCGUCCGGUCCUGGGCGGGCUGCCGGGUCCUGCAGGGGACGGGUCGUACCUGAGCCCAUCUCUGGAGCGAGGCUGGGGCCCGCUGUCAUCAGCCGGGGACGUUGCCGAGGGCGACCCCGGGCUCCCAACUCGCAGGGGCCAGAUGUCCAACUCCGUGGAUUCCCCCGGGGAGCUGAGCUUCGUCUCGGAGCACGACACAUUCUCGGACUCGUCCGACACAUCCGCGCGCAGGCAGAGACAGAGGAAGGAGAAGGAGAAGAAGAAGAAGAAGAAGAUGAGGAAGAAGUCGGAGCGCGGCGUAGCCUCGCACUCGCCGUGCGAGACGGCGGCGGACCCCAUGCUUCCCAGCAGCCCCUGCGAGAGGAAAACGCCGAAGGUCGCGGAGCGGCCCGCGACAGGGCAGACCAACGGGGCGUUUGAGCCAGACACCGACUGAAACCCAGCGACGCAACGCGCCCGGGGGGCCUGAUUGUCUAAGGCAGGGGUCGGCAACCCUGGUCCUGGAGAGCCGCAGGGUGUGCUGGCUUUCGUUGUUACUUGGCAUUAAUUGAUCAGUGAAAGCCGUUGAUUACACAGUUAACUCACCUCGCCUGGUUUCUUGGGUCUGAAUCGGUUGCUUAUUUUAAGGUGGAGACGAAAGCCAGCACACCCUGCGGCUCUCCGGGACCAGGGUUGCCGACCCCUGGUCUAAGGCCUUCAGCAUGUUUAAAACCUUUUCACACCCACAACGCCAAAUACAUGAUGAGACCCCCCUGCUGAUAAAAAACAGCUCAAGCUAGGUCUUGAGACAGCUGGUAGCUGGUUGACCAGUUCAGAUCAGCUCCAUACUCAACAUGGUUUGACCAGCUCAAGCUAUGUUUUGAAACAGCUGGUAGCUGAUAAUUUCAAGCUGAUGAUAGCAGGGCCAUGACAGGUCUGGUUAUUUGUUUUGUGUGUGCCAAUAGGGUUUUCACAUGCUAAAGGUCUUGGUAAAUCUGACCCUUUAAACUGACUUCAUGUGGAUUAAAAUGACUUUAUGUGGAUUGAACUGAAGAUCCUCUUCACUGCGCAGUUGUACAGGGCAUCCAUCCUCCAGAAUGAUUAUCUGACAUACCUUGAUCCCUGGAAGAAACCAGGAAGAAACCUGGAGAAUGGGAUUGCAAGGAAAGCCGAUCUGCUUUGUGAUGUAAAAUAAACAUGUUUUAUAAAA